AUUGGAGAUACUUUGCCAGAACUUCUACUGCUGAAUUGUCGAGAAUCUCAAUCAGCAUACUAUAUCAGCUGUGCACAUUGUAAGGCGAUGGCAGAGGAAGAUCCGCAAUGGAAGUUGGAAUGGGACAACACUAUCCGGGCUGCAGAACGUGCAUUGGAAGAGGACCGUCUCCUGGGUGAAAAUUUUUGAAGAUUCUAAUGCCUGUAAAAUUCAGCCUAUUGCUUUGAAUAUUGCUUUGAAUAUUGACCUUGUAGCAUAGUCUAAAUACGUCGCUGUAUCUGUACAUAUCUAUCUGCAUAUCCUACAUAGAUUGCGGCUGGUUUUGACCCAAUACUUGAUCGCCGACUCGUUCCCGAUUUCCCACGACUAUGUCGUCCGAAGUACCGUUUCCCCGUCAUGAACAUCUGCAUGAAUAUUCAGAUCGCCGAAGUACUGCAGCGCACAGUCGCCCACAUUUUCCGCCACUUCCAGAUCUUCGUUUCGAAGUGACAUAUCUUCAAAGCAUUAAACCCUACAUUCGUUUUCACCACCGUCCUGCCAAUGCGAAAACAAAAAUACCGAAUUUUGCUGGAAUCGACCAGAUUACGUCAAUGAAAACAGAAUCCCCGCAACUAUUGGAGAGAGAGGAGCUGAUAGAGAUAGAAUGGAUGGGCGUGUUAUGGAUCACGGUUCGAGACCAGAUAAUAAGCCCUUUGAUACAAGGAACUCUCUGGGCACUUGUUUCGUUCUAUAUAUCUCCAUUCUCAGCUCGGGUUGGGCAUGAGCUUGUAGAACGUCUACCUUCACGUCCCACUUCGACCAAAAAAGAAGGACGAGGCGCUGGAUUGUUACGCGACUGGGUACAAGGUCUGGGGUUGUCUUCAAGUACCAGAUGAUCAGUAUAAAACUAUCCAGGCUGAGGUUACGCAUUUGUAUCUGGUCAUAAUAAGAACCCUUGGAAGACAAAUUCAAAGUGGAUUUUUGAGUCGUGGCAUGAUCAUCCCCCCGAUGAAACUCUUCAAACUGCGAUCGCUCAUUUUCUGGAUACCUUGUCUGUUGAGUGUGCUCGAAGGAUUAUGGAUUUGUAAUGAGUCUAGCCAGACCGGUGACGCCGACGCUGAGGAGGCUCCUAACGGAAUGAUAUCGAACGUAUAGCUUUGCGUCGAGGUCUGGAAGAGUUCAACUAUGUGGUACUCCCGGUAUCCUCAAACCGACUUUUGCU